AGAAAUUUUAAAAGGAGCGCAGCAUUUUGGUUGAGCAGAAUUUUCUUCUAAUUUUCGACGGCCCCAAAGGAGCAAAACAAACCCUUCAUCUAUUCUUCUGACUUACUCUGUCUCUAACUCUAAUCGCAUCCCCUCUUUCAAUACAAACUCUCUCUCUCUCUCUCUCCGCUGCACUCUGCACGGCGCAAUCCAACAUCCGGGCGUUUUCUCUCUCUCGCGAACUCAUGAUAUAAAACCCUUCUCCCUCUGCCUCUCUCUCUUUCUCUCUCUCUCUCUCUCUCUCUCUCUCGACUCUUGAACAGCAGUUAUAACACCAUCUCUCUCUUUCUCUUUCUCUUUCUCUUUCUCUUUCUCGUUCUCUGCAUUCUCUGGUUCGAUCCACUGAAUCGCGGCUGCUUAGCAUUCAGAACGCUGGGCGGUAGGAGUCGCGCAAUUAGGGUUUUCGUCAAGUUUCAUCCGUUUCUGGGGCUCUUCGUUAAUCAAUCCGCGGUUCAGGGCAGUUAUACCGUUCUUUCUAAAUACGAAAUUGCAUAUAUUCGAUUACUAUAUUCUCUCAUAUUCUGCACUGUUCAAACCCUAAGAUUUUUUGCUAAGUUCAUUUUGUGGGCUUCUCAUUUUCUACCUUGUUUGAUGGUUUCCAAUUCUAGGGUUUGAUUGUUUCUCUAUUUUCUGUGAUGAUUGCCAGUUCUUUUUUGGAAAGGGGUUUAUUUUGUCCAUCUUUAUUCAAAGGUUAGGUUUGCUCUUGUGGGCAUUGGUACGAGUAAUUCCAAUGAAUGAGGGUUUCUUUAGCGUCUUCUUGAACUUGGAGGACUGCUGAAGCCCUUCUUAAUACAAUCCCUCCUAUAUUAAAGCCAUUGUGGACUAAAGCCCUUCAUGACAUUGCCUUUUUUGGAUUUAGAUAGAUAGGCAGUUGUUCUUGUUUCAGUUUUUCGUGGCUGUUUGGUAUAUAGUGUACAGAGAGAAACAAACCAUAGUUACAGUUUACAGGACAGUUGGAUUCUUUUAUUACAAAGUGGGUUUUGAUUCCCAAAGGAUUUGGGCCUGGCAAUUUUGUUUCGCAGUAUUAUUGACUUGGUUUCUUCUCUGGGAGCGCCUGAAAAAGCAAGCAUUGUGAUUGAGGGGAAGUGGAAAUUUGGUAGAAGUAGAUUGAUCUUUGAAGAAACAUAGCAAUUGCUUGAGAUAUUUGGGGAAUUGAGGUGUAUAGGGACUAGGGAGAAAUAUAAUAGGUAUUCUCUUUAUAAUAUCUGAUCAUGUUUGAUAGGAGUUAUGGAAAGAAGUGAGCCCAUAUUGGUUCCAGAAUGGUUGAAGAGCAGUGGAAAUGUAUCUGGUGGUGGCGGCAGUACAAGCCACCAAAUUGCAUCAUCUUCAUUGCAGUCAGAUGAACAUGCUGUUUUAAAGCCAACAAGGAGUAAGUCAUCUGUGAGCAGCAGUGGUCAUGAUAUAGGUCGCUCAAUUUCGGAUAGAACUACAUCUACAUAUUUUCGCCGGAGUUCUAGUAGUAAUGGUUCUUCUCACUCGCGGUCAUAUAGUAGUUUUGGUAGAAGUCACCGUGACAGGGAAUGGGAAGACAUUCAUGACUACCGUGACAAAGACAAGUCAAUUUUGGGUGACCACAGGCAUCGUGAUUAUUCUGAUCCAUUGGGGAGUAUUUUGCCGAGUAGGUUUGAGAAGGAUGUCUUAAGGCGUACACAGUCAAUGAUUUCUGGGAAACGCGGCGAUGUGUGGCCAAAAAAAGUAACAACUGACUCGAACAAUUCUGAUAAAGCCAACCAUAGCAAUGGCAAUGGUCUGCUUAGUGGGGGUGGUGUUGCUGGCAGCAUGCACAAGGCUGCAUUCGAGAGAGAUUUUCCAUCGCUUGGAGCUGAAGAAAAACAAGGAGCUUCAGAAAUAGGAAGAGUGCCAUCCCCUGGCUUAAGUACUGCUAUACAAAACUUGCCAGUGGGUAGUUCAGCUGUGAUUGGUGGUGAUGGCUGGACGUCAGCCUUGGCAGAGGUACCUGUGAUAUUUGGAAACAAUAGCACAGGUGUCUUACAUGUUCAACAUGCUGUUUCUGCAAGUUCCUCUUCUAUUACUGCAAGCACAACUACUGGACUCAAUAUGGCUGAAACCUUGGCUCAGGGUCCACGCUCACGGACUAUUCCUCAGGUGUCUGUUGGAACUCAAAGGCUAGAAGAGCUAGCUUUUAAACAAUCUAGGCAAUUAAUUCCCAUGACCCCACCCAUGCCUAAAGCAUCGGUGCUCAAUCCUUUGGAGAAGCCAAAAGCUAAGAUUGGCCAGCAGCAACAGCAUCAGACAUCUUUGCACCUUGCCAAUCAUACUGCACGAACUGUGCCUGCGAAGUCUGAUGUUUUGAAGCUAUCUAAUGUCGGAAAGCUUCAUAUUCUCAAACCAGCCCGGGAGAAGAAUGGUGUCGUGCCAAUUGCAAAGGACAGCUUGAGCCCCACAAAUGGCAGCAAAGUAGUGAGUCCGCUUGCUGUUGCUCCCUUACCUGCUGGAUCUGGUCCCCUAAGGAGCCCUGGUAGCAAGCCAAGUGGUACUGAGCGUAAGCUAGCCAUUACCCCAACUGUGGAGAAACGGCCCACACCGCAAGCUCAGAGCCGGAAUGAUUUCUUUAAUCUGAUGAGGAAAAAAUCUUCUACAAGCACCCCAUCUGCUGCCCCUAAUUCUUCUAGCCCUGUUGUAUCAUCAGCUGUCAUGGAGAAGCCUGAUGAUUUCAGCUUGGAAGUUGCAUCUGCUUCUGUUACCUCUCAUAGUAUGGAUAAUGCUUUAUUGGACACCUGUGGUGAAGAGUCAGCUGAGAAUAGGGUUGAUAUGGCCAACGAUGCUGAUUCCCAUGAUGGGCCGCAGAAAUUUCUUGACAAUGGAGAGAAACAUUCAAUCUCUGAUGCAAUUUGUUACCCAGAGGAGGAAGAGGCUGCAUUUCUACGUUCACUUGGGUGGGAGGAAAAUGCUGGGGAGGACGAAGGCCUUACAGAGGAGGAAAUCAGUGCUUUCUUCAAGGAGCACAUGGUAUUGAGGCGAUCCUCAAAGCUUCUUGAAGGAAUGCAGUCAAAGAUUUUAGUGCAGCUCAACUCACAAGGAGGGUUGGGCAACAUUUCAUCUGGAUCAAGCCCAGCUGACUCUGAUUCUUAAUCCCAACCUAUACUUAACUGACUGGAGAAUUAUAAAUUGAUGGGAUAAGGGUUGCUUUCUUUUUUUAGUUUUCCCAUUUUGUUUUUUAUUUUUUUGUUUUUGAGUUACUCUGGUCCAUAUUGAGAUGGAAACAAAAGCAGCCGACGGAAGGUCAAAGGUAGUAAGGUAUGGGCGCCCCUGCUGAUUGUUGAAGGUGAGUUAGGAAUAAAUCACAAUGGAUGGUUUCAGACCUCGGAACAACUCCGGAUGUGUUCUGCCUGCUCAUAGGUUUGGGAUUUUAUGAGUUUUCAGUGGUUGGGAUGAUGAGAAGGAAUGGGUUUAUAUUUGUGAGGAGCUGCUCUCUUUUCUGGGUUUUUGUUGAGGAGGGUUCAAUUUAACAAAAUAGAGCUUACAACGUCUCUGAAGUCAUUUGGAAAGGGAUAAAAGAAAUAGGGAAAAAAAUAUGUUUACUUCA